AUGUUGUCUUCGAAUUCUCGCAUCAAGCGCGUUCGCGCCGCAGCAAUCGAUGGCCGAACAUCGAAUUGGCGGUUUUUUCAAAGUCAAUUGAAAGUACUCCACCAAAGCCUCCUGGACUCGCGCGAGGGGAUUUUGGACGUCGUCGCUUCUACUCCGUUCACGACUGAAGCGGAAGCCGAAGUGGAACACUACAUGACGAUUGCGACAGUCAGCGAGCAUUACGAUGGGAUCAAUUUUGAUCAAGCUAUUGACGAUGAAUACAAGAUUGCUAGAGGAGAAAACAAUGUUGAACGCCGAGUAGGUUAUGGGGUUGUUGUUGUGAGACCGACUAGUCACACGAGGUUCUACUCAAUCAUAUCUGCUGUGGCAUGUGCUAUAGCUGCUGGGAACACCUUUGUGGUUGAGUGCGACGAGUGUGCCGUGGAUGGGCUACUACCAUCGUUGUUCCAAUCCCUCGACCAGGAGUUGUAUGCUUUAAGCAAGGGCCCUUUGAAUGAUAAGGAGGUUCUUUCCACGGCCUUGAUAAUUGACCAGACUGGUAAAAGGGAAGCCGCCAACUUAAUCCGAUCACUUCCCUGUCUGCGGUCAAUUGCGAUUGUUGAUCGGACAGCAGACGUUGACAAGGCCGCCGAACAAAUCCUCUCUGCUCAUCUUGCCUUCUCCGGACAAUCGCCCCACGCACCAGACCUCAUAAUCCACAAUGAAUGGGUUAAAAACAGCUUUAUCGAUACGAUAAUUCGCAAAACAAUGGAGAGCAAGGACGAGGCAACCCUCAUCAAGCGAGAGGGCUUUUAUAUGAUCGAUGUGAAUCAGAGGUCGUCUUCGUUGGCCACCAUGCGUGGUAAUGGGCAAUACUUAACUUUGCUUACAGUUGCGAGUUUAUCAGAUGCGGUAAUUGAAGCGUCUAACACGCCUGAAUAUCUCGUUGCGUAUCAUUUUGCUGAACCGGCUGCCGGAAAGUUCCUGAGCCAACAGAUAGAUAGCUGCUGGUCCUUCGUGAAUUGUAUUCCAGCGGAGCUUCUUGUUGAACCUGCUCUUCCUCACAGGCAAGACGGCCUUUCUCUUCGCCUACGCUACACCAAAGAGAUGAUGUCCAAACCGAGACCGGAGCUCAUAGAGUCAAUUGAAUCAUUUGGCUUUGAGCUAAAGGAUUUUACGAACCCCACGUACAGCAAACUACAGGCUUUUAGGGAACGAGAAAGUCAACCUCUGAGAGAAACUGGCCAAGGACCAGGAACUGCUAUUGGGUUCUUUGAGCAGGGUAUUAUUGUGGGUGCUUUGUUUAUUGUCUUGCCAGUUAUUUCCCUUGUAGGGUAUUCCGGCUGGAGAAUCUUGCGGCACUUUGCAGGAGGAGCCUCUGAGUUAUAA